UCCAGUCUCUCUGCGAGUUACCCAACUUCCUGGCCUUGGGCUGGGUGCUUUGCCUUCCCAAUCCCAAUUUCUCUGUGUUCACCAGUCUUAAUCCUUAAGGCAUUAAAUUUGGAACUUGGAAGCAGAAACUUCCGGCUUAUUAUUUGUUAGUUGUCCUAACUAAGCAAGCACAUAUGGUAGUUAAUUUGGCAAAAGUGACAAAACUCAACUCACAUUUCAUGGAAACUCCGAGUAGUUGUGCAAUUUUAGCAGCUGGUUUCUUCCUUCUUCUCCAUGUUUCAAUGGCAGCUUCAAAUCCAACCCAAGACACCUUCUUCCUCCAAUGCCUUUCCAAUCAUUCCCAAUAUUCCUCCCCACCAAUCUCUGCAGUCACCUACUUCCCCAACAACUCUUCAUACACAUCCAUCUUGCAGUCAUAUAUCAGAAACCUGCGCUUCAUAACACCCACAACCCCAAAGCCACUGUUCAUAGUCACUCCCACACACGUUUCCCACAUCCAAGCUUCAAUCUUUUGCUCCAAAAUCCAUGCCCUUCAAGUCAGAAUCCGCAGUGGCGGCCACGACUAUGAUGGGCUCUCUUAUGUGUCUCAAGUUCCGUUCAUCAUCGUUGACAUGUUCAGUUUAAGAUCCAUAAGUGUCAACGUAGAAGAUGAGAGUGCUUGGGUUGAAUCUGGAGCAACAUUGGGUGAAGUUUAUUACAGAGUAGCAGAGCAGAGCAAGAUCCAUGGCUUCCCAGCUGGUGUUUGCCCCACAGUUGGGGUUGGAGGACACUUGAGUGGAGGUGGGUAUGGUAAUAUGAUGAGAAAAUAUGGCCUUUCUGUUGAUAACAUACUUGAUGCUCAAAUUGUUGAUGUUAAUGGAAGACUUUUAGAUAGAGAGUCAAUGGGAGAAGACCUCUUUUGGGCUAUUAGAGGUGGAGGUGGAGCUAGCUUUGGUGUGAUUGUUUCUUGGAAAAUCAAGUUGGUUCCUGUCCCAGAAAUUGUCACAGUUUUUCGAGUUGAGAGGACUUUAGAACAAGGUGCCACCGACAUUGUUCAUCAGUGGCAAUAUGUUGCUGAUACAAUUCAUGAAGAUCUUUUCAUUAGGGCGGUUGUGAUGCAAUCGAAUAAAAAGGGGCAUCAGACAGUGAAAGCUAAAUUUGUGGCAUUGUUUCUAGGAAAUGCAGAAAAGCUUCAUGCUUUGAUGGAUGAGAGCUUACCCCAAUUGGGUUUGAAGCAUGAGGAUUAUAUUGAAACGAGUUGGAUAGAAUCUGUCUUGUAUUGGUCUAAUUACCCAAUUGGAACUUCCGCUGAUGUCUUGCUUGAAAGACAACCAUCAUCAGAAAAAUUUCUGAAGAAGAAAUCUGAUUACAUCCAAGAACCAAUGUCAAAGUCAGGUCUUGAAGAACUUUGGAAGAAAAUGAUGGAACUGAGAAAGCCAGUACUAACAUUCAAUCCUUAUGGUGGAAAAAUGAGGGAAAUUUCAGAGCUUGAAACCCCAUUUCCACAUAGAGCUGGAAAUGUGUACAAAAUCCAGUACUCAGUGAAUUGGAAAGAGGAGGGUGUGGAGGUUGCAGAUAAAAACCUUGAUCUGAUAAGAAGGCUUUAUGAGUUUAUGACACCUUAUGUGUCAAAGUCACCAAGGUGUUCAUAUCUCAAUUACAGAGAUGUUGAUUUGGGUACCAAUGGAAAUGGCAAUGCAAGCUACUCAGAAGCUAGUGUUUGGGGGACCAAGUACUUCAAGGGGAACUUUGACAGAUUGGUACAAGUGAAGACUGCUGUAGAUCCAGGAAACUUUUUUAGUUAUGAACAAAGUAUUCCAUCUCUUGCAGCUUGGGAAGGUAAAAUGGCAGAGUAAAGGCUGCUUUGUGUUUGCGUGUGCGUAUACAUAUAUUUGUAAAGGAAUAAAAAUUCAUUUGUAUGAGAUAUUAUUGUUGUACAUGCAAAAGUUUGUAGCAGAAUAAGUGGAGCAUGUGGAAAUGUUGGAUUUGAAGGUGAGGAACUGAAUUUGUCCAGUUU